CACUUUUCGCAGUUGGUGUGGAAAGAUACCAAAUUUGCCGGUUUUGGAGUUGCAAAGACAGCCGAUGGGCACGGCGUGUUCGUUGUCGGCCAGUACGAUCCCCCAGGCAACGUUAUGGGCAACUGGGGCAGUCAGGUUCCAUGCCCCCUGAAUAGGAAGGUCGUCGUGCCUACAGCCGAUGCGCUGUGUAAGUCAAUUUACCAGACCUGA